ACAAACAAAAGAAAAAUCUCAGUGACCUGGAAGCAAAAAAUAAGAAACUGACUUUGGAGAAGAAAGAUUUACAAAACCAGACUGAAGAUCUGAGGAUGAACACGACUAAACUAAAGAACCAGACUGAAGAUCUGAGGGUAAACAUGACUAAACUAGACAAUCAGAAUCAAGAUCUGAAGGUGAACAUGACAAAACUAGAGAACCAGAAUCAAGAUCUGAGGGUGAACAUGACUAAACUAGACAAUCAGAAUCAAGAUCUGAGGAUGAACAUGACUAAACUAAAGAACCAAACUGAAGAUCUGAAGACGAAUAUGACAAAACUAGACAAUCAGAAUCAAGAUCUGAGGGUGAACAUGACAAAACUAGACAAUCAGAAUCAAGAUCUGAGGGUCAACAUGACAAAACUAGAGAACCAGAAUCAAGAUCUGAGGGUGAACAUGACAAAACUAGACAAUCAGAAUCAAGAUCUGAGGGUCAACAUGACAAAACUAGACAAUCAGAAUCAAGAUCUGAGGGUGAACAUGACAAAACUAGACAAUCAGAAUCAAGAUCUGAGGAUGAACAUGACUAAACUAAAGAACCAAACUGAAGAUCUGAAGACGAAUAUGACAAAACUAGAGAACCAGAAUCAAGAUCUGAGGAUGAACAUGACAAAACUAGACAAUCAGAAUCAAGAUCUGAGGGUGAACAUGACAAAACUAGACAAUCAGAAUCAAGAUCUGAGGAUGAACAUGACAAAACUAGACAAUCAGACACAGCAGCUGACUGCAGAGAAGAUGUUCUUUGAGAACCAGACCAGGGAGAUGACGGUUAACAUGACAAUCCUACAAAACCAGAACGAGCAGCUGAGAAACAACAGUGACAAACUCAACAAGAUCCAGGCAGCAAUCAUCAGUUACACCAACUUUCCAGCUGAUCUCUUCUGCCCUGAUGGAGUUUGUCAGACGUGUCCCAAAGACUGGAUUCAGUUUCAGGAAAGCUGCUAUUUUUUUUAUAACUUAAACUCUCCGUGGAAAACAUGGAACGAAAGCCGACAGUUUUGUCAAAGCAUGAAGUCAGACCUGGUGGUUAUCAGAAGUCUUGAGGAACAGAAAUUCAUGAAAAACACAAUAGAAUACUACCUUGACAUCUAUCACGGAUACUGGAUUGGUUUACGAAAAGUGAACAACAUCUGGAUCUGGGUGGAUGGCAGUCCAGACACACUUGGGUACUGGAAGAACCCAGGGAGCCCAGAAGAUUUUGCUAUUAUAGCCAAAGAUCCAGCUUUGAACCAGAGCUGGAUCCCAAACAGAAAUGUCUUUUUGAACAGAUUCAUCUGUGAGAUUAAAGCUUUAAUUUUCUGAUUCAACUUAAACUCAAUUUCCGACCACAUUUUGAUCUGGUUUACAUACUUUUACUUUCAUGUCAUUUUGAUGAAGAAAGAACUUCUUAUGGUUUGUUGCAUCUCACAUGAGUGAAAUCUUUCCUGGAAAUAUCCAAAUGAAUUUACUAUAAGUGCUAAUAAAACCAGUUUGUUAUAAAAAAGACUCAUAAUGGUCACCUUAUUAAAUUAAAGAGUAAAGGUAAAACAUUUUUUUCUAGAUUAAAGAGCAUGUAUUUAAAUAAAAAUGAUUGUGCAACCCCACACCUCUGUCCACUUCUACACGUGCAGGUGAAAAUGUAAAUAAUUUAAAAUACAUUUUUAAAAAGUCUCGUCUUUUGAGGAACUUUCUGAAUAAGUGUAUUACAUUAUUUAUUUGUUAUUGUCCCACUGAUGGCAACAUGUGUGGACUUGCAUAAUUUUUUUUUGCUUUUUUUUAUUUUGAAUUUCAGUUUUCUGCAUGUAACAUAGCCCUACACUGAAAUUCUUUACAACUUCUGAUCACGUGUUUUUUUAUCUUUGUGUUUCAUAAGUUUGUGGCUUUUUCUAUUGCCUUUUAUAAAUGCAAACAAACAAAAAACUCAGCGAUGAUUUUCAUGUCAAAUAUUUUUAAAAUUGCUGGUGUUCAUUAUAUGUGACAGUGUUAGAAAUAAGGGGAAAAAAUGGUUGUCCUGGCAAAUAAAUUUGGCUGUCCUUCCCAAUUUUUGGUUGUCCUUCGAUACCAACAUUCAACAGCAACGAAACCUACUCAGAUGUCAGUACUUACAUCUUUAUUUCUUCUAUACAUCUAAUAUCAACUGCCUCUUAUGAUGGACAUUUAAAAAUCUCUUUAAAUAU